AUGUUUAUCUCUUCUGGCACCGGCACCAGAGGUGAUUGGGUCUUGGAACGUCCAAAAGGGAUCGGUAUCACGAUUGUAUCGUUUGCAGUUUUAGGUACUGGUCCGAUUGCUGGACAGCUUCUCAGUGACGAGGGUGGAACUGGUUAUGUCCCAAUGCAGUUGUUUACGAGGAUUUCUCUGGUUCUUUCUGGUGGCUUCUAUCUAGCCACGAGGCUUUUAGUGUCCCGUGAUAGAUGGAUUUGA